GCUUAGUCGACAAUUACAAACUGACACUGUGGUGCUAAUAAUGUGAAUACAUCAAUACCUAGAUUACAAAAAUGUUUAUAUAUAUAUAUUUCUAUACUAUACUUCUCAUCAACAUUGAGGACUGUGACCACAUACAGUAAAUAUUGUUAUUAUAUCUACACUUACAUGUUUAUGGCAAUAACAGAUACGUGUUAUCAGGUGUCAUUAUGCUUUCGUGUACUUUCAACUCCAUUUGUGCCUGACGACUGGACAUAGUCGCUGACCACCCCAGUCCCACUGCUCUGCUUUAUGACCGGUGUCUGAUCACCCCAGUCCCACUGUUCUGCUUUAUGAAAGCUGAUCUGCACCUCAGACAUGCCGUACCACUUAGAUUUCAUGCUCCCCGGUACCUCUUGAUCCAUGUGCUGGCAUGGAUGACCUCAACCCUUUUACUCUGAUUAAGCCCCAAACAGCCCCAAACAGACUUAUCAGUCCAGUGCAGUGUGUGAGCAAAUGGGUUUUUGGCUGUCUGAUUGUGGUUCCUUUACACGUGGGUGAUCCUGUGCGAGGCCCGCCGGUGAUCCCUAAGCUCCACCAGGUUGCUCUCUCGCUCUUAAGAACACCGAGGGCUUCAUAAAUACCACAGAGCUGAAAUCAUAAUCCAAAGCAGGAAACACCAAGUAGUGAUUAUGGCUGGUAUAUUACCGAUGAUUAAUAACUGCCAGAAAGAAAACAAAACAGUUAACUAAAAGACAAGGAAAGGCCAAUAAAUGUUUGUCAUGCAGCAUGGCCAGUGGUUUAUUUGGGGCAGAUGAAGCAGCUAAAGUAUACCCGCAGCAGUAAUGAAGUUUAAAAGAGCCGUCAUCACUUCACAGUUCACUAAGUGUAAUGCUUACGGUUAUUAAUGUCCCUGCCACCAAAAAUGGGAGGAGAGCCACUCAUGAGUGACAGUCGGCCCCUGAGUGCACCUCUGGGAACGUCUCCAUUCGGAGAAAGAGUUGCAGCUUCCUUCUGCUAUGACAAAGGACAAGCCUGAGGGGCAGCACUUAAUGGCUUUCUACAAGAGCUCGAGUGCAUGAGAGACCAUCUCUCUCUUGUCCUAAAAAGUCACUCAGUCAUUCAGUCAGUGUGCUACAUUGCACAUGUGUCUGCUCGAAAGGACAGUCUAUGGGAGAUGGACAGAACAAGAACGCACCAUCAUCCACAGAGGAAUGACCAGGGUGCAGGACCGAGAGGAUAACCAUACAAAAAAAAAACCACAAAGGAAACAAAACCCUUGUAGUAGCAUGAACUUCCUACAUAUGGAGAUGUUAUUUGAGAAAAGAAAAGAAAGGCAAUAUUGCCAACUGAUGUGCUUAUUAAGCAAGCUGAGUGUAACACCAUCACAUUCUCAGAGACAACAGCUUCCAUUCCAUCCUUUCCAUUUGAAAAAAGAGUUGUGAUGUUUGCCAGAGCCAACAGGCCCAAAGAGUGUAUAGCACUGACUAUAAUUAUAUACUGCACCGAUACACUAGAAACACUGAUAAGUGUAUAGAAAAUGGCUAUGAAAAAAAAAUCAGAAAGCAAGGUUCACUUUCCUACUUGCACACAAGUAGGUUCUUUAUAACUCCUAUAACUCCUCCUAAUGCCUUAGAGAAUCCUCUCCUCCAUCUCACGAGAUACACAGUUCAAUCAUGGUGAAGAGACUCAUCAUACAACACUAGUACAAUGAUAAAUCUGAAUCAAAAUUGAGAAACAUGUAUGUAAAGAUCCUCCGGUGUGGAAAAAGCUGUCCAGCGUCAGACAUGACUGUUGGAUGGGCAUCAGGGGGUCAUUUUCUUGGGUUAUUUACCCUCCUGUGGCUACCUAGCUGUGCAUGUUCCCCUGAAAGACAACUGUACACUUGGAACCGUAAGAGAUAUUAGUUUAAUUUAAAGCUCCCUUCCGCUAGAAUUGGACUUUGAGACCCCCUAAUUGGACAGCGUACAGGUGUAUUUGUUGAGUGGGUCCACAACUUUCCUAACACAACCAAACAUCAACCAUACAGCAAACAUACAUAGCAAGACAGCUAAGAAGUUAUUACUGAGUAGUCCAACAGAAAGAAGGCCAGCUCGGUAUCUGACUUGCUCGGUUACUUGUUCGGUCUCUUGCUCGGUUACUCUGUUUUUUUCUCUUCCUAUCCUCGGACAAACAUAUUCCUCGGUUUCUUCAUCGCCUCUGCCAUGAUGUCCAUGUACAGAAUACUGCGCUGGCAUCCUCUUACAGCUAGUGCGUGGAUCUAGUUGUUGUUGUUGCGUGAGGUGGUGCCAUAAAGCAUUACGUAGUUCUCGCGAGAGGUCUCGUGCCCUGUACCCCAAAGUUGCAAUACAGGGCGCACCAGGCGUGCUGUGGCACAGAUGCCCUUCUCUGUCAGUGUAUAACCAAAAUGAUUUUGAAGCUGUUAUUUUAAGGUAAAUUGUUGCAUUAUGUUACUUUAAGAGAUGACGUCUAAUAGUAGUACCCUUGUCACACAAUGUCAGUGCUCUAUGGAGUUCCUUUCUAGGAAUCUUAAAAGUCAACAGACCUUGCAGCAGCAGCAGCAGUCACUCCCAUCUUUUAAUACAGUGGGGCUCCUUUUAUAUUCAGUGCUUAAAUAAAGGCAUGCUUGCUGAAUGUGGGCUGAUAGUAAGAGCUGAAUAUUAAAUCCUUUUGAGCAGUGAAUUCAAGAGAGUAUGGCCUGCAUGAGUCUUAGUUUGUAGCCUUUCGUUUCUUUGGCAAUGCAUUACAAGCAUUUCAAGCAAAGGUUUUUUUUUUUCUCACACGUACAUUUUGUAAGUAGUACCUGUUGUGCAUUAUCAAAUUUGAUGUUUGUCGUUUAACAUCUGAAUUCCAUUACAUUAACUUAAUUGAGUAAACUGUCUAAAAAGUUUCACCAAAACUGAACUACGAUAAAGAAGUCCAAGUCACAUGACUCCACACUAUGCAGAACGUUCUGACAUGCAUGUGAGGACACAACAGAAUAUGACUCCAAAAACCUCAGACCCUACAAUUUCCAAAGUUUUGUCAACCAUUGUAUCCACCCCUGAUGUUUUUCUUUUGUUCUCUUUGGCAGCACCAGAUCAUAGAGGAGCUACUCCUGUGGCGAUCGGAUCCAACCCGUUUAACAUGAAGGCCAGAAGAGCACUUGAUGAAGAGUUUAGUGCUGGGCCAUGAUGUGCUGAUCAGACAUGUGGUUCCUCACUAAGGUGACCAGAUACAGAAUGCAUGGACUGUCUCUUGCAGCAUAUGCAUCUCUCUUUUGCCUGCUGGGGACAUUAACAAUCAUUGGAGGCUGCCCCUCUACCUGUGUCUGUGCAGGCACCGAUGCGGUCUGCAAUGACCAGAGCACAGCCUCCUUGCGCCUCAUCAUUGCUCAGCUACCCCAAGGUAUUUGCAUCCUUCAGCUUUCAAGAAACAACCUCAGUGCUCUGGAGCCUGGGAUCUUCUCCAGCGUAAGCAGCCUGCAGAGCCUUGACCUCUCCAGUAAUAAUUUCUCCGUGCUUCACACGAGGGCAUUCUCUAAUCUGAGUCGGCUAGAGCGGCUGGACCUCUCCAGUAACCCCUUGCUAGAGUUGCCUGCGGACCUCUUCAGUGAGCUGGGCAAGUUGACGGAGCUGGUCCUGAGCGACACCGGCCUGCACGCUCUCAGCACUGACCUCUUCCAGAGCCUGACACAACUCCAGCGUCUGGACCUGUCCCUGAACAGACUGACCUCGCUGCCCAGAGGGCUGCUGGGGGGGCUCCAGGAGCUCACGUGGCUCUCCCUGGCGGCCAACAGACUGAGAAAUGUGCAGCGGGCCGAGUUUGAGGCCCUCUCCGAGCUGCAGAGCCUCCUGCUGGUGGGAAACCCCUGGGAGUGUAACUGCAGCCUGGUGGAGUUCAAGCACUGGCUGGAGUGGAUGCUCUACAGGGGGGGACAGGUGGAUGCUCUGGAGUGCAGUCUGCCCAAAGGGCUGUGGGGCCGAGACAUAAGGACUGUCCCGGCCGAGAUGUUCAGCCACUGCGUGCGAGACAGCUUCCCGCCCUGCUCCAGGGGCCCAGAUGGCCAGGAGCCGGGGGGAGACGGGGUCCCUGACUGUGUGCGCCAGCGCUACAGGGCGGUAAGUGUGCGGCGGGCGGCAGCCACGGUGGUGGUGGCCGGGGUGGUGUGCGGCAUCGUGUGCGUCAUGAUGGUGGCAGCGGCCACCUACGGCUGCAUUUACGCCUCACUGGCCGCCAAGUACCAGAGGGAGAAGAAUGGCAAGGUGCACAAGCGGCCACCAGAUGGCAGCGAGGAGAAAGACCUGGAGCAGGAGGAGAAGCGCGAGCUUCUGCCUGUCAUAGCGAGAGAGACAGAGGUGAUACCCUACGUUGAGGUGGUGCUGUCACGAGAGGUGUGUGUCUGACUGGUAUGAUUUACAUUAAUGCCGUCACCACAGUCCCUGUUUUGUUGCUGUUCUUCUGAAAAAGAAGGAGCUGUACCCACCGUUCCUUCCUCUGACAGAAAUAGACAGUCUGCUUUUUAGACACCUGAUGUCCUCCUGUAUUUUGUAUUAUUGACUACCUUUUUACCUUCAUGUCCUGAUUGGCUUAAUAAAUAGGUGAACACAAGAUACAAGUACAAGUACUGAUGUUUGGGACACUGUCCUCUGCAAUAACAAUCUGUGAAUUAUUGUCAAGAAGAACACAAAGAUGACAUUAGUCCAUGAAAAGAAGUUGUUUGUGUUUGUGUUUGUAUGGGACAUAGGGUAUGUGAGGAGAGACAUUUUCCUAUUCCCUGUGUCAACACAAACUACUGGUCAAAAAGCCAAAUAAAGCCCAAGGAAAUUGUACAAAUCCAUGUGAUAGUGUCACACAGUGUUAAUUCAGAUAGAAGGGGUUUUCAACUGAUGUUUCUAUGUAUGUCUAAAUACAUAAAAAAAACUAUGAUCAUUAAGAAAAUUAAACAUAAACAAUGGAGCUGAUUACAUUUAAUUAAAUUGAGUGGUUUAUUUAUUCAGUUUAUUUAAACUUUUCAUUGUCUCUUAAAAUAUACAGUGUAUUUGUCUGUCUACAAUUAGCAUAUACCUAUGAGAUCAUGUGUUGACUAUCAUGUGUUUAUUUUGGUUGUCCAUAUGUUUACUUCCAUGCUUUUGUUUGUUUUUCCCGCCAUUUUCUGUACCCACCUGCUCAUCAGAGCGUCAAAUGACUAAUUACUGUAGUAUUUAUAGCUGGCUCUUUGGCAUACUCCUCACGAGUCUUAGUGAUCUGUGUACCUUGGUUCACCACGCUGAAGCUACCGCUUGUCUACCCGUGAGCUUUUCUGGAUGUUCCUGGUUUGUUUCUCUACUGUUUAGCAGUUAGAUGCUUCUUUGUUUCUGUCUCAUUCUGGAAUUUGAAUUCACCUGGGUUAUAAGCCCUGUUUCGUCCAUGAGGUAUCUAUCCCUACCUUCUGAUUUCAUCUGGAUCUUCUGUGUUUUUGGAAAUAAAGACCAAACCUUUUCCAAAGUCCUACAUUUGUUAAGCGUAAUCCACACUGGUUUAACAAUCUAGCACCCCGGGUUCAAUCCUGCCACUAUUUGAAUCAACAUUCCUAACUUAUUAAAUAAUUCUAACUUGUUAAUGAUCAUAAUACUUGUUUUGGAGAUCAAAUCUUGGUUUUUGAAUCUUUUGAGAUUGAACAAAUAAUAAAAAAUAUUUAUCCAA